AUGCAGACCAAUGAUUGCAAAUUUUUUGAGUGGCAUGAUGCUGAGUUGCCACCAUUUCAGAAGGCUUGCUUCUUGAGAAUGAAGGCUCAAAAGAACUUGCUAGAAGAACAAUUGAAAUGUAAAAGUAUCUCUGAAAGUCUUAUGUCUGAAAGGCUAGAGAUCAAAGAAAAUGAGUUGCAUCAGUUGAAGAACAAAAUUCAAGAGUUGGAGAUGAAGGAAAAUGAGUUGCAUCAGUUGAAGAAGAAAAUUCAAGAGUUGGAGCAGAAUGUGCAUAACCAUUCUAGGAGACUGAAGUUUGAGAGAAAUGUCUUUAUGUUAUUUCUGCUUGUGUUAUUUGUAUCUAUGUUCAUUGUUAGAUUAGACUCUGGUAAAUGUCAAUUAAUGUUGAAGUAG